UUUACAGUUGGUGGGGACACCAACUUCGGAAGUACAACCUGGCAUAUAGAGUCGUACUCUGCCAUUUCGAUUAAAGUCCAAAAAAAAAAAAAAAAAAAUAUUUUUCUGUCGGGGAUUACCCCACAAGAAAUAAGCUUUUUAGCACAAUUCGAGGAAAAGGGUGGCUACACAAAGAUGGGCUCGUACAGAAGGAAUAUAAUGGAACGCAUUAAUGACAUAGAUAUAGACGAUUUGGAAUAUGUGGAAAGGGAUUUGUGUUUUUAUGAAUUGGUUUCUUUGGGGUUUCUACUUUAUGGCAGAGAGAAAACAACUUCGGAGUACAUUUUACAAAAACUUAUAGUGCUGCAGCAAAAUCCACCCAAAGGUAAGGGUAACUUUGGACUCGCGGGUAGCAGUGAUAUUCUCCGCAAAUAUGCCACCAUAAAUAACACCACAUGGCGUGUCAACAUUGUGGAGGCGCUGGCAAUUAUAAGAGCAAAAAAGGUUUUGCGCAAACUGGGAUUUAGUUGGCAAGAGCUUCAUGACAUUUAUCUGCCACACAUACCGGAAGUAAAUGUUUACAUUCAUCCUUUGUUAAAAGCUUUAUACAAAAUCUCUGAGCGGCUCUCAAUCGCCCAAGCGGGCAGAAUGGUUAUCAAGAUCAAUGAAACGUAUUUGCGUCAUGAAUCACAAAACUUGCGUUUCUAUGAUUAUGGUCAUCUGGAAGUGUUUCUUUUGUUCUGGAUGACUAGAGAUGUAAUUGCAAUUGGCAAUCAAAAUUUGCAAGGUGCCGAUGUGCUUAAUUUAAUAUCAUAUUUUAAACAAAAUGAUUUGGAUUCAAUGAAGGCAGUUUUGGUGGAUACCAUCAACCAUAAUUCUGUGCAUGGAAACUAUAGAAGAGCCACAAACAACACAUCGAAUACAGUGGCAGACAAUGUUGUGCAAUCUGCCGCUGGAAAUGCUGUUGGUAGACAGGAAACAGAAGACAAAGAUUCGGGGGCUGUUAUGGAUUCCCGGGAUAUGUCAUUGUCAGCAGAACACAUGCAACCCCAACCAAAUGGUUUUCCCAGAACAGAUCAUGAAGACUUUGAUUGUACUGAACGCUAUGUUAUACGCAAGCAACAGGCGGGUUAUGUUUUGAUUAUAAAUCAAAGCAAGUUCUAUGAAGAAACAAAUCCAGAGUUUAAGAAUCUUUUACCCAAAAUACCAUUUAAGCCAUAUCGUGCUGGAACCGAUGUUGAUAGAGAUAAUCUGAAAGCAUUAUUUUCUUCAUUUGGCUAUACGCCCUUAGUUCGCGAUAAUCUAACGCAUGAAGAAAUGCAGCAUGUUAUAGGACAAACUGUGCAAAAAUCUCUCAUUAGAGAUUCCUUAAUUGUGUGCAUAUUGACACAUGGCAUGGAGGGAGUAGUUUAUGGUUGUAAUAGCAUACCGGUUAGUAUAAACACCAUAAAAGCAAUAAUGGCAGAGGAUACAUUGAAGGGAAAACCUAAACUAUUGAUAAUACAGGCAUGUCAAAAGAACAUUGCCCCAUUGGAUACGAGUGUUUCAAAUGCUGAAAACCAAUUGGAAAAACAACCAGAUGCUUAUGCAGAUAUGCUAACAGCAAUGUCUUCAAUAGCAGGCACGGAAGCCUUAAGACAUACCAUGACUGGAAGUUGGUUUAUCGAAUCUCUGUGUAAACUCACAGCAAAGUGGUGUACUCGCAAACACAUGCUGGAUAUAUUAACCAAUGUUAUUGCAGAUGUGGCAAAGAGGCAUGACAAAAAUGAAUAUAUGCUUCCCAUUAUGAGUACCACCUUGCGGAAAGAUUUCUUUUUACCACCACCCACAUAGUAGUGCAGUCAGUGUUCAUAAGUCGCCUUACUUGUAUUUUUUAUUUUUAUUUCGCACAAUUUUAAAGAGUACACAUUUGAAAACAAGUUUUGUUUUGGAAAUGUAAGAGAAAAGUUAGAAAUGGAAAAUGAAGUGAACCUUUGGCCAAAAUUUCAAGGGACUUUCCUUAUUUUCUAUAAA